AAAUACCCCUAGUACAGAAAAGCGAAAGUUGAAUUAUUAGUUGUUAGCGGGACUUCGAGCUGAGUAGAAGAAAAUUUUUUGAAAAAUAAACGAUUUUUUUUUUCAACAACUAAAUCUUAUCAAUUACAAACAAAAUGGCUCAACUCUGUCGUGCUGUUGGUAUUCUCAAGAAUCUUCCUCUUCAACAAACUCAAAAAAUUGCUGCCUUGCAUCUUAGCUCCACCGUAAGAGCCAGCAACUAUUUGAUUGAUACACCCGAAUAUUCGUUCUUAAAGGAUAUUGGUUUGGAACGUGAAAAUCCUGGUGUAUUUACUGGUUCCUGGAAGGGUUCAGGAGAUGUUGUUACCUCUGUAGAUCCCGGUACCGGUAAACCUAUUGCCUCGGUACGCACUGGUACCGUCCAAGAAAUGGAAGAAUCCAUUAAGGCUGGUGUUGAGGCCUAUAAGGAAUGGUGUCAAGUACCCGCGCCUGUUAGAGGUGAAAUCGUGAGACAAAUCGGUGAUGAAUUGCGUAAAUAUAAGGAACCUUUGGGUAAAUUAGUAAGUUUGGAAGUGGGUAAAAUCUACAGUGAAGGUCAGGGUGAAGUACAAGAGUUCAUUGAUAUCUGUGAUUAUGCUGUGGGUUUGUCACGUAUCUAUGCUGGACAAAUGAUCAAUUCGGAAAGAGCUCAGCAUACUAUUUUGGAGGCCUGGCGUCCUCUGGGUUUGGUGGGUGUUAUCUCUGCCUACAAUUUCCCCAAUGCUGUAUUCGGCUGGAAUGCAGCUAUUGCUUUGACCUGUGGUAACAGUGUUUUAUGGAAGGGAGCCCCCAGCACUGCCUUGGUUUCUGUGGCCACCACCAAAAUCGUAGCCGAUGUCUUGAAACGCAACAAUUUGCCACCCAUUACCACUUUGUGCCAGGGCGGCACUGAUGUAGGCAAAAAGCUGGUUGCCGACAACCGUGUUAAAUUGGUAUCCUUUACUGGCAGUUGCCAAACUGGCCGUGAUGUGGGCGUUGAAGUGCAAAAACGUUUUGGCAAAGUUAUUUUGGAAUUGGGCGGCAACAAUGCCUUGGUUAUCAAUGAAGAUGCUAAUCUUAAAAUGGCCUUAGAUGCUGCUUUAUUCGGUUGCAUUGGCACUUCAGGACAACGUUGCACCACCACCAGACGUAUUAUUGUUCACGAGAAACUUUACGAUACUUUUGUUAAGGAACUUACCGGCAAAUAUCAACAAGUUUUAUCCCGCAUUGGUCAUCAAUUGGAUGCCAACACUUUGGUGGGUCCAGUCCAUUCACAACAGAAUAUUGAUGGUUAUAAGAACACCAUUGAAGAGGCCGUCAAAUUGGGUGGCAAAGUAGCUUUCGGUGGUAAAGUUUUGCCACGUGAAGGUUUCUUUGUUGAGCCCACCAUUAUCACUGGUUUGGCCCACGAUGCUCCCGUUGUACACCGUGAAACUUUCGCACCCAUUGUUUAUGUCUUGAAAACUAAAUCAGUUGAAGAGGCAAUCGCAUGGAAUAAUGAAGUUGAACAGGGUCUAUCCUCUGCCAUUUUCACCGAAAACAUGUCCAAGGCCUUCAAGUGGAUUGGUGCUCAGGGUUCCGACUGUGGUAUUGUCAAUAUUAACACUACUACCAAUGGUGCUGAAAUUGGUGGUGCUUUCGGCGGUGAAAAACAUACUGGCGGUGGUCGCGAAUCUGGCUCUGAUGCCUGGAAACAAUACUGCAAGAGAGCCACCAUUACUGUCAAUCAUUCCGGUGAAUUGGCUUGUGCCCAAGGUGUUGUCUUCAAUGUAGAGUAAUUCAUAAGUUUAAGUUUUUAAACAGAUUUUAUUUAGCUUUGUUUAAAAUGCAUUCUUUAUAGGUUUUUAAUUUUUAUGUUUUUUUGUAAAUUUUUUAAAAUAAAUUAUCUUUUCUGGAA